AUGUGGGCUAAAGCUCCUCGGAAUUUCAAGACCCCAAACAUGGAUCUCUAUGACGGAAUGACCGACCCGAGACACCAUCUCAGCAACUUUAAAAGCCGGAUGUACCUAGCUGACGCCUUCGAUGCUACCCGUUGCAAAGCCUUCCCGACUACUUUGACCAAAGCAGCAAUGAAGUGGUUCGAUAACUUAUCCCCUAGGUCGGUAACUGGCUUUGACGACCUAGCAAGGAAGUUUCUGACCAGAUUCUCCAUCCAAAAGGAUAAAACGAAGCACGCCACGAGCUUGCUAGGAGUUAAGCAAGAGGUCGUGAAAAUCCUCCGAGACUACAUAGAAAGGUUCAAUAAGGCUUGUUUGGAGAUUCAAAAUCUGCCUACUAAAGCCGUGAUCAUGGGAUUAGUUAACGGUCUUAGAAAGGGGCCGUUUUCUCAAUCUAUAUCUGAAAGACAUCCAAGUUCCUUAAAUGAAGUGCAAGAAAGAGCGAAAAAAUACAUCAACAUAGAGGAGAAUUCUCGACUAAGGGAACCUUUCUUGGGACCAACCUUGCCCUACCAACCUCGGGAAAAGGAAAAAGAACCCAAGAAGAAGGAAGAGCAAAACCUCGAGAAGCCCCGAAGGUACCACAAUUAUACUCCCCUUAGAGUCUCUUUAGUGGAUGUUUAUAGAGAGAUAUGCCACACGGAAAAGCUUCCACCUCCUCGUCCGAUCAAACAUAAGAAGACAAGAAGCUGGAUAGAAUACUGUGAGUACCAUAAGCUCUAUGGAAAUUCCACCAACGAAUUUAUAACUUGA